AUGGGCAACUGCCACACGGUGGGGCCCAACGAGGCGCUGGUGGUGUCAGGUGGCUGCUGUGGCUCUGACGUGAAGCAGUACGUGUACGGAGGCUGGGCCUGGGCGUGGUGGUGCAUCACCGACACCCAAAGGAUUUCCCUAGAGAUAAUGACGUUACAGCCCAGGUGUGAGGACGUAGAGACGGCGGAGGGGGUAGCUUUAACUGUCACAGGUGUGGCACAGGUGAAGAUAAUGACCGAGAAGGAGCUCCUGGCUGUGGCCUGCGAGCAGUUCUUGGGGAAGAACGUGCAGGACGUGAAGAACGUGGUCCUUCAGACGCUGGAGGGGCAUCUGCGCUCCAUCCUAGGAACCCUGACGGUGGAGCAGAUCUACCAGGACAGGGACCAGUUUGCCAAGCUGGUGCGGGAGGUGGCAGCUCCAGACGUGGGUCGCAUGGGCAUCGAGAUCCUGAGCUUCACCAUCAAGGAUGUCUACGAUAAAGUGGAUUACCUGAGCUCCCUGGGGAAGACUCAGACGGCGGCUGUCCGGAGGGAUGCAGACAUCGGGGUGGCAGAAGCCGAGCGAGACGCUGGCAUUCGGGAGGCAGAGUGCAAGAAGGAAAUGCUGGAUGUCAAGUUCAUGGCGGACACCAAAAUAGCAGAUUCCAGGCGUGCUUUUGAAUUGCAGAAAGCUGCCUUCACCGAGGAGGUCAACAUUAAGACUGCGGAGGCCCAGCUGGCCUACGAGCUCCAGAGCGCCCGAGAGCAGCAGAAGAUCCGCCAGGAGGAAAUUGAGAUCGAGGUGGUGCAGCGCAAGAAGCAGAUCGACGUCGAAGAGAAAGAGGUCAUCCGGAAGGAGAAGGAGCUCAUCGCCACCGUCAAGCGGCCGGCCGAGGCCGAAGCCUACCGCAUCCAGCAGAUCGCCGAGGGAGAGAAGGUGAGGCAAGUCCUCAUGGCUCAGGCAGAGGCGGAAAAGAUCCGCAAGCUGGGAGAAGCGGAGGCCUUUGUGAUCGAGGCCAUCGGGAUGGCAGAGGCCGAGGGGAUGAAGCUGAAGGCCGAAGCUCUGCAGCGCUACGGGGAGGCCGCCCAGCUGGCGCUGGUGCUGGAUGCGCUGCCCGAGAUCGCGGCCAAAGUGGCUGCUCCCCUCUCCAAAGUGGACGAGAUCGUUGUUCUCAGCGGGGAGAGCAGCACCACCACCUCCGAGGUGAACCGCCUGCUCGCCGAGAUCCCCGCCUCCGUGCGUGCCAUCACCGGCGUGGACCUCACGAAGAUUCCCCUGAUCCAGAAAGCCACCGGGGCCCAGGCAUGAGGCCCGAAGCUAGUGAAGAGCCCUCCCCGUUCUGCACUUCGACAUCGACUGCCUUUAACACUCGGGAAUUCCUUUUCUAUCAAAGACAAUCGGAGUUUUCGUUUUUAA